GUCAAAAAUCCUCCCUCGUCUCAAACUCCACGAAAAUCGUCACUUUCACAGCCGAGACGACGACUCGACACGCAAAGCCAUCACGAUGCCGAGCCACAAGUCUUUCCGUACCAAGCAGAAGCUUGCCAAGGCGCAGAAGCAGAACCGCCCUGUGCCGCAAUGGAUUAGACUCCGAACUGGCAACACCGUCAGAUACAACGCCAAGAGACGGCACUGGCGCAAGACUCGCCUGAACAUCUAAACUGCUCGCCUCCAAUCAUUCUCGAUUCUUCUCCCUGCAUCGACGAUCGUUCCCGGCAAGAAAACACACGACAAACCCCAAAGAAUUGGCGAUGAACCUCACCGAAACGCUCGUGGUUUUUUCCUCUUUGGCAAUGGAGACGUCUCGACGCAGGAAGAAGGAUGGCCGGAUUGCGGGUUGAAACUGUUCUGGCGCGAGAGGGAAGAUUGGCGGGACGCACGGAAAAUGGGCAGGCUUGAUUGCCUUGGUUUCUUGAUUCUCGCUACACUGCAUGUCACGGUCGGUCAUAAGGGAAAGGAAUGCACAGAUUUUGAUGUCCCGUCAACAGGGAACAAGAAGACACUCUUGGUCUGAGCCAGCACCGUCGUGACCGUGAUGAUACGUGACGGCCGUAAACGGAGAAUGAGACAAGGUUGGUCUGAGCCAGCGACGUAAUGACCGUGAUUGCGAAUGACGGCCGUGACAUGGCCAACGGACAAGGCCCGGAAACACGUAUGCCAUAUGACUUUGGCUGGCGAUAGCUUCGACUCAUCCCAUACGUGUCUACUUUGCUCCAUCUCAUCACCUUGAGAAACGCACAUCUCGCCAGAGCCUUUUUUGAUUAAAUGAAUAACGGAGUCCUAC